GAACGCAAUACGCUGCCACGGAAGCAAGUUGAUCUCAUGAUUGGAAGCCCUUCAUCCUCGACUAAUUCUAGUCCAAUCGACUCCUCCAGCAGCAACGCUUCUAGAGCCUCGGACGGAACUCGGACGACUGCUUCUAACAAAGCUCGACGGACAGUGAAGAAGAGGGUAUCAGUUCGCAAACCUAAGAAGCCCAAAAUCCGGACAUAUACUCGACGACGGACAGAGAUCGAGGACCUGAGAGAUGAAAUGAAGCGUUUGAAGAAGCAAAUGGCUCACUUUGAGUCCAGAAACAAGAUACUCAGGCAACGGGAGGCGUUGGCCGAGAAAGAAGUGAUGAAUAAACUAAUGCGCGAUACGCUCCACGCUCAACGAUUAUCAUUCGCCAGCACAGCAUCCAUGCUCACUCAAUUUUACCGCGAUAACGUUACCGAGCCAUUCGAUCUCCCUGCUCGACUUGGCCGAGAUCCAAUUCAACGUGAAGCAGCUUUACUUCGCAUGAAGAAAGAUCGACUGGAAGUUGCGCAGAACUUCAUGCUUCAGCGAGAACACUACAAUGCGACGUCGGAAUUCUGCGAUCGAAAGAGAUUCGAAGCUACAACUGGCGACUUCGUGUCACUACGCUUCGAAAUCACUCCGUUACCCGGAGCUCGCAGCAUUAAAAGGAUCAUUGAGGCUCUUCAGGACUUCGUUUACAAUCUGGAAAUUAGUAUUUCUGAAGCCAUAGGCGACAUCGCAGUACGCGAGAAUGACGACGCCAUACCAGGCAGCCCCGUAGCGCAGCAUCGCAUUGUGGCUACGGUUGCAAAUCUAGUACAAACUGAUACUAACAGCGUCGCGUUUGCGGAGUACCGACCGCCUGGAAAUGGAGAACGCGAGUUUGGCUUGAUGAUCGGCGAUGCAGUGGAUGAAGACGAACUGUUCCCGUAUCGUCCAGAGACCAGAAUUCGGCAGGAUAUGACUGUUAUCACUCAAGUGGCGUGGCAUGAAUCACAGUAUCAAGAGCCCGUAAUCGUCAUGACUCGUUGGUGGUGUCUUCGACUCCGGAGAUCACAUAUCUACAUGCCACCGAAGGUAGUGGAUCGGAUUUGUGCUGGUGUAGAUAAAGUCUCACAGGCCAUGCUCUUGACUGCUCGACGUGCUAGCGGCUUAUCGUAAUAACACUCACAACAUAACAACAGUAAACAAAGAACCGAUUUAUAGACCCGUCAA